GAGACCGAGGACAAACAGUCUCCAGUAUCAAGGCAGACCUUCUGAUGACCUAAUGGAACUGAAUUUCCGAGUAGUACUGUUUUGGGUCGUGGUGCUGCUCUGUGGCUCUGCUGAAGGCAGCAUCCUGUACCGGGUCCAAGAGGAGCAGCCUCCCAACACUCUCAUUGGUAGCCUGGCAGCAGACCAGGGACUGCCAGACUCGGGUCACCUCUACAAGCUAGAGGUGGGUGCCCCUUACCUUCGUGUCGAUGGAAAGACCGGAGACAUUUUCACCACUGAGAUUCCCAUAGACAGGGAGACCCUGAGGGACUGCCGGUCUCUCGCUAAGGGUAAACCCUGCUACCUGGAAUUUGAAGUAUCGGUGACAGACCUGAUACAAAACCAGAGCCCACGACUCAUUGAAGGACGCAUUGAAGUUCAGGACAUCAAUGACAACACCCCACAAUUUCCCUCUUCUGUGCUCACCAUCUCUGUCCCUGAGAACACCAUCAUGGGGGCAUUAUUCUCCAUCCCUCUGGCGACAGACAGGGACUCAGACAGGAACGGCGUGGCUGACUAUGCGCUCACUGCAGGGCCAGACGCAGCAACCUUGUUUGGUUUACAAGUGGCUGAUGACAGGGGAGGGAAGCUCCCGCAGCUCAUUGUCCUGGGCAAUCUAGAUCGUGAAUUGAAGGAUUCCUAUGACCUCACCAUCAAGGCAGUGGAUGGAGGGAACCCUCAGCGCUACAGCAGUGCUUUGCUGAGAGUGGUAGUGACAGAUGCAAACGAUAACUCCCCCAAGUUUGAGAAGUCUACGUACGAAGCUGAAGUGUCUGAAAAUAGUCCAGUGGGGCACUCAGUGUUGCAGGUCAAAGCCAAUGACUCUGACAUGGGCCCUAAUGGAGAGAUUGAGUACACCCUUCACCAAGCAGUAGACCCGGUGCCGAAGCUCUUACGAAUUGAUCGAUCCAGUGGCAUUAUCUAUGUCAAAGGGCCUCUGGACAGGGAGGAAAUCAGCAGCUUGUCCUUCUAUGUGGUGGCGAGGGAUAAGGGUCCUCAACCUAAAAGCUCCAAGACAUUUGUAACCAUUGAGGUGACUGACCAAAAUGACAACGCACCAGCUGUGGAGAUCCGUGGAAUUGGUCUUGUUACUCACAGUGAAGGAGUGGCUAAUAUUUCAGAGGACAUGCCAGUGGGAACAGCUGUUGCUUUGGUACAAGUGUCUGACAAAGAUGAAGGAGAGAAUGCGGUGGUCACUUGUGUGGUAGCAGGAGACGUACCCUUCCAGCUCCGUCCUGCCAGCGACUCCUCCAGCGACAACAAGAGGAAGUAUUUCCUACAGACCACCACUCCGCUCGACUACGAAAGAGUUAGGGAUUAUCGAGUCGAAAUUGUGGCUGUGGAUUCUGGAAACCCGGCGCUCUCCAGCACAAACGCUUUAAAGGUGCAGGUGACUGAUGUCAACGAUAACUCUCCGAUAUUCUCACCGACCUUGUUUGAAGUUGAUUUUGCCGAAGAAAACCAACCAGGGGAGAAGGUUUUGGACGUUACAGCCUCCGAUGCCGACAGCGGCACUAACGCCGAACUCCUCUAUAAUAUUGUGGCCGACUCAUCCAUCAAAGGUUUGUUCGAGAUUGACCCGAACACAGGCGAAGUAAGAGCCCGAAGCCCGCUUGAUCGUGAACAUAAAGAACGGUAUGAGUUUCGGGUCACUGCGGCAGAUAAAGGGUCUCGUGUUCAUAAAGGAACAGCAACUGUCGUCAUAAAAGUCCUUGACCGCAAUGACAACGACCCCAAGUUCAUGCUAAGCGGCUACAGCUUUUCAGUUUUGGAGAACAUGCCUCCCCUCAGUCCAGUUGGUAUGGUGACAGUCCUUGAUAUGGACAAAGGUGAGAACGCUCAUGUUCACCUCUCUGUGGAACCCGAUGGAGGCAAGUUUGUUGUUCAAAAUGGAUCUGGCACCAUCCUCUCCAGCAUCUCAUUUGACAGGGAGAAAGAAAGCAGCUACACGUUCCGUCUAAAGGCAGUGGAUGGAGGAGAACCACCCAGGUCUUCAUAUGUGGGCGUUACCAUCAAUGUGCUGGAUGAAAAUGACAACGACCCUGUGAUCACUAAGCCCUCCAACUCCUCCUUCAGGCGUUUGUCACCACUUGCUUCCCCAGAUAGUCAUGUUGAGGUCGUGGAAGCUGAAGACCUGGACAGUGGGCCUAAUGCAGAGCUGGUCUUCAGUAUCGCUGGUGGUAACCCUUAUCAGUUAUUUCGCAUCUCCCCCUCCAGCGGGGAGAUCACCCUGGCAAAGGAGAUGACCCGCAAACAUGGUGGACUACAUCGUCUGGUGGUGCGAGUGAGUGACAGGGGCAAGCCUGCGCGCCACGCCACUGCCCUUGUUCACAUCUAUGUCAAUGAAACCAUUUCAAAUGUCAGCUUAGUGGAAGCCUUAGUUGGACACAGUCUUUACACUCCACUGGACAGGGACAUCGCUGGUGAUCCUGACAAUGGUUUUGCUGCACAGCGCAGUAACAUUUUGUUUGGAAGCCUCGCUGGUGUGGCAGGCGUCGUAAUGUUAAUCUUGGUGGUGGUAUUUAUUCGACACCGCAUCCAGAGAGAAACUAAGAGUGGCUAUCAGGCUGGCAAAAAGGAAACAAAGGACUUAUACGCGCCCAAGCAGGCACCAAAGAAUGCCAAAGGCAAACGAGGAAGGAAAGGCAAACCCCAGAAGUCCCCAAAACCUCUCGGGGAAGAGGAAGAGGUCAGCCUUCAAAAAAGUCUCAAGUUCAACCUCGAUGGAGUCAAUGAUAGCCCCAGGAUACACCUCCCCCUAACAUAUUCACCAGGAAGCCCUGACAUAGGCAGGCACUACCGCUCAAACUCCCCUUUACCCUCCAUUCAGCUGCAAGCCCAAUCCCCCUCAGCCUCUCAGAAGCACCAGGCCGUCCAGGACCUGCCGGCAGCCAACACCUUUGUAGGGACGGGAGGAGACGACAACUCUACCGGCUCAGACCAGUACUCCGAUUACAGCUACAAGACCAGCCAACCGAAGUACAACAACAAGCAGCAUCCCCAUCGGCGAGUGACCUUUUCCACCACCAAUCCUGUGCAGGACCUGCAGGAUGCCUCUCAGCACAGCUACUAUGACAGCGGCUUGGAGGAAUCGGAGACUCCCAGCAGCAAGUCAUCGUCUGGUCCCCGCAUCGGACCCCUGACCCUGCCUGAGGACCACUAUGAGAGAACCACUCCAGAUGGCAGCAUUGGAGAAACCGAACACCCGGAAAACGAUAUCCGCUCCCUCCCUGAUGUGGCAAUGACUGGAAACUGUACAACCGAGUGCAGCGAAUUGGGCCACUCAGACGCCUGCUGGAUGCCCGGGCAUCCCUCCCCUGUACGCAAGACCAGGAACCCCCCGAAACUCUCCACCUUCGUGCCUUACCAGGAGAGAGGGAGCCUGGGACGCCUGGCAAACGGGAGCGCCAGGCUGGGUGGCGAGGAGCACCGGUCGCGCCUUCCACCCUCCCGCAGUGCCUAUUCCAGCAGUGGUCAUGAUGCCAAUCAGGACUGCCCCUUAGAGGAGAUGCCCCUGAGCGUAGCCUCUGAGUUUCCACCCACCUCCCCUUCUACCCACACUCCAAAAAGAGAAAUUUACCUGUGA